CCCCAACCUUUCCACCACCUUUGUCCCACCUUUAUCCCACCUUCACAAUUCAAUAAACCACACAAGGCCCCUCGCGACUUCUUUUGUGGCAAUCACAACACACCUCUUGCAUGUCCACACAAUCGAGCAUCUUCACCGGCGUUGAGCGCUUGUGCAUAAUCUCUGUGGCGUUUUCAAUUUUGGGCUCCAGCCUGGGAUCUUCGGCGUUAUCUGUUGCCAAAUUUGCAGUUGGGGUUGCAUCUAAAAGCAAGUACAAAAAAGGCCCCAAAAAAGCGUUACCAGUCGUUUCUCAAUCUCCCCUUAUUAUUUUCCUUCUUCCUCCCCCUCCCUCCGCUGAUUGUGGGUUAAACUUUCAGCCUCACCGACAUCGUAUCCCUGUCUACAUGUACAUAUCCGCUUCUUUUUUUUUCCCCCCCCCGCUUCGCCUUUCUGUACUGCUUGCUCCGAAAGGUACUUUUUUAUCUUCAAAUUUUUUGGGGGUUAGGGUUUAUGGCUUGAGAAGGAACCGCGACACGAAGGCUCAGCAUAGAACAGGACAAUACCUGUGGAGGGUACCGUCGUGACGGUUUCUCCAAAUGCAACAAGUAAUAUUGGCCCAACUGGCAGAGACCCCAUUAUUGGGGUGAAGAAGUGGUCUCCGCAUGCGUGUGCG